GCGGCUAUUGCCAUGGUACAGUGUCGGCCACAGAACUGGGAGCAUGACGAGGCAGUAUCACAAAACGCAGACACAGUGACCAUAAUCCCGUUCUACGGCGGCGGAAAGGGUCAAUCGCUGGUGAUCACGAAAACGGAAGACGGAAAAGUGACAACGUCGAUCAUAAAAACGCCCACUUCCGGCACGACUACGACCGAGGAAUCGACGAGCCCGGCCGAAGUGGAAAACCCGCCUCUACCGAGCAAAAACGAAAUCGUCAAGGCCAGGAACAUGAAGGAGGAAGAAGAGGAGGCCGUCGUCGUCGAAAAAGAAGAAGAAGAGGCGGAGGGUCAGUUGGAGCACGAAUCGCGCGAAGGUUUGAGCGCCUGGUUCGCGAGGAAGAAGCAGAAUAAGGUGGAGAAGGUGGCGGAGAAGAAGAAGAAGACCACCACCAAGGAGGAGGUCGACGAGGAUAAGAAAAAGAAAGAGGAGGAGGAUAAGAGGAAAAAGGAGGAGGAAAACAAGAAUAAGGAAGAGGAGAAUAAGGAGGAAGAAACUGUGGAUGCAGAUGAUACAGUUGCCAUUAAUCUUCCCAGCGAAGAUUCUUCAAUUGCCGAAGCAAAACCCGUUGGACUAGCAAUAGCAGGGGAAGGCGGUGUUGCCGCUAGCAAACCAGUGGCGCAAGCAGUGGUGGGUCCAGGGGGUUUGGCAGUUGCCAGACCUAUAGCGACAGCUUUUGCCGGGGUACCUCCGGAUCAAGUCCCCAAUUUUGGAAAGAAAGGAUCGCACGAAAAAAAUAGUUAUCUCAGCAAGAUUUUAUCGAGGUAUCAUCAAGAAUAAUUGUGUGGGCUUUGAGGAUUUUUUUAAAUAAAUGAUUAGGAAAUUAA